AUGACACAGUGGUGGGGUACCGAAGAACCGCCGAGUCGGAUUACAAAGGACGUUAGACUACAAGAACCUCACCUCGUCCUUUCGGACGAGGCUGCAGUUCGCCAAUUUGACAAACUGACAACAAAACUUGGAAACUCUACUCUAGUGCAAAACAGUAACAACAGUAACAACCAACGAAAGAAGAGAGGAGAGGAAAGAUUCCUAAUUUCGUUCCAAUUCUUAGCUUGCUCUAUCGUUUUACAAACAUUAAAGUUUGUCGUUUAUCGUUUUACAACUUCGCUUGAUGACGUUUUACAAACUUUAAUGUUUGUAAAACAAUAUCAGUUACCAAGGCCCACCACGUGGAGACUCUACUGUUUAGAAUUGCCGCGGAGCGUUGGAGUCCCUCUAAAUGUCCUUCUCGAUCACGUGAUCAGGAAGAUAAGGCGUUUCAUUGACAGACUCAUAAAACUCCAUUUUUGGUAAUUAUGAAACAAAAAAUACUAAUAAUUUUGAACUGAAUGUUGUUCUCCAAGAGUACAUCAAUUCGAAUUCCUCUAUUUCGAUUUUUACUGAUGGCUCCAAAUUUUGUGAUGCUGCUAAAUGCGCUGAACAACAUAUAUUGCCUGAGAAAUUAUCACUUUUGGCUUCCUCUUUGUAGGAAAAACUUGUGCAUUACAAACUUUUAAGAAUGUUUUUUCCUUUAUAUCUUGAACUUAAAUUGUUUAAACAAGAGAUUCUCUAUCUCUUAUUUAAAGUUUGAGUUUUUUUAGUGCCAUUAAUACGUUAUUAUUCGAUAAUAAUAAUUAAUUCGAUAAUAAUUAUUAUUCGAUUAAACUUAUUUGAAUCCUAAGACUUUAGGAAAUGACACAACAGAUAAAGUUACUAAAGCUAAAGUUAAACCAACCACUAAACUCCUCGUUUAUAUAAAAAAAUGUUAGAAUUAAUUUUAGAAUUAAUGCCAAAGCAUUUCAAAAAAGUUUUAUUUGCUUCUUAAGACUUCACAUUAAACGGAACUCGAACAAAACUUUAUGAUAUAAGAUGUAAUAUUCACUCAUAUUCAAGCCUUUCUUCUCUCUAGAAAAGAACAAAUGCCCUUUUCAUAUUUCAUAUUCUAAUUUAGCUCAUCAAUUUUAGAUUACUAAAGAUAAUUUUCCUAUAUGUGAUACUUGUGGUGUAACAUUCACAAUUCACCAAAUAUUAUUGAUUUGUCGCAAAUAUUCCAUAUGAAAUAACUUCGACAUUCAAGAAGAUUAAUCUUAAGAUUAAGGAUAAUCUUAAAUAUAAUCUUAAAUAUAAUCUUAAAUGAUACUGAAAACAUUAAAAAUAUACUUCAAUUUCUUUCUACAACUGGUCUACUUGAAUAUUUAUAGUAUGAAUUUUUAUAUAAAUAUAAUUUCAUAAUUGUUACAUACAUCUUUUAUAUCCUCAGUAAUGAUCGCUUAUGAUUACAAUGUUAAUGCGACCAUUUAAAAAUAAAUAAAUAAAUAAAUAAUAAUAUAUAAAUAAAUAAAUAAAUAAUACUUAUAACAAUCGAUUUUCCAAUUAAUAAUGAAGCAAUAAUUUCAUGACAAGAUUUGCCACUUUGUUAAUUCAAUUAUUUUCCUUCCCAAUUCAACAAACAUGUUUCGAUAUAUAUUACUAUUCGGUGACGAUUUAUUGAUUUCAAUAUUCUUGUGAAAUAUAAAUAUUUUUUUCACAUAUAAAUAUUUAAAGAUCUUAGAUAGUUCAAGAUAUGGAAGUGUCUAGAAACUGUUGGAUACACUAAUUUAAUAGUUUUGUAAAUUCAUAAUAGAUUCAAAGUGAUAUAUAGUAUUAAAUAUACUACUGCAUUAUUCUUCUAUAUUUGUGAUAUCUUUUCAUUCAAUAUUAAUAAUAGCUUUUAUAGAUGUUGCUUUUGGAAAAUAUAGCGAAAAAUAUGAUUGUUUGGAAAUUUCUGCAACUAUUGUUUCUUUAGAGUAAAUUAUAUGUGUUAAUAUUGAAUUAUAAUAUAGAUACUGAACUACAUCAAGUUGAAUUUUAUUUCGAGUAUUUUUUUUUUUUUAUUAUAAUAUUGAUUAGAUGGAGCGAUAAAAUAAUAAGUGGUGCAAAAAGCAAAGACUGA